AUGGAGCGAAAAAGGAAAGGGAAGAAAAGGGAAAGGAGAGAAGAUAAAUCCAUUGUAGCGCGGGAAUGCCAGAGUUUACUCAUAGAUGACACCGAGGCUGCUCCAGACUUUGAUAUCUGCGACAUUCGAUGGCGGAUGCAACAGCAAGUCAGAGCGCUAACCAAAUCAGAUCGUUGGGGGCCGCAGAUUGGAACAGACUCAUGUCAAGAGAGUCCAAUCGAAGCCUCCUUGUCCUUUUUGGUAUCGCUUCCACUCCGAUGUUUGUUUGACUCCACAGAAUGUUGGAACCACGAAAGAGAAUCUAAGUUAAGAACUAGUAGCAAAUUAUCCAAUAGAGGGAUCUUUGUGUUUUGGGCGAGGAAACGAGGCGUCGUCGUACGAGAUGCCAUGGAUUCUGGCCAAGCAGGCGGCGGAGAGGUACAACAAACGUCUCAACAAGCCCUGUUGUGA